AUGAUUGUGGAACAACAAAAUAGCAACUUUGAUACACAUGGAGAUUUAGACGAUAAUAUGAUUGUUGAAGAAAGUGAUGAAUUAGAUGAUGAUAUGUUGUUUGAACAAAAUGACGAAUCAGAUGAUAAUAUGGUACUUAGACAAAAUGGUGAACAACUGGAUAGCGAAUCUAUGAUGUUGGAUGUUGCAGAUCAAGCUGAACCUGUCACAGAUUCAUAUCUAGACAAUGGUGAUGAUGCAAAUGUGGAGGAAGCAGAGCUUCAUGAUAGCACACACGAUUUUGCAUCGCGUGGACCUAAUAUGAAAGAAAUUUCAACUGCUCUUGUUCUGUUUCGGCAUCGACAUAGAUUAUCUAAAGCAUGUAUAAAUGAUUUAUGUGAUUUAUUACGUUCAUUUGGAGUUGGUAAUGUUCCAUCUGAUUUUCGUUCAAUAGAACAAAUACUCCACAAGAGUGAAGAAACUAUUUUGCAAGCUCGAACAUAUAUGAUUUGUUCCAAGUGUGGUAACCAAGGCAACAAUUUAUCGAAAUGUGAGAAUAUGUGCUGUGAAUCAAGUAGCGGUUUUACAUCAAGUCCUACAACACUGUGUACGUUUAAGAUUCUUCCACAAAUAACAUCAAUUCUCGAGCGACAUCCUAUUAUAAAUAAGCCUGACAUCGUGAGUUCCAACAUGUCGGAUAUUCAGGAUGGUCACAUGUACCGACAAAUACGAUCUCGAGAAAGAAUUGGAGAAUCAGGUAAACAUCUAAUAACGAUGCUAUUGAAUAGUGAUGGGAUCGCUCUGAAAAAAUUUAAUCGUUCAAUUUGGAUUACCUGUAUGGUCAUCAAUGAAUUACCUCGUGCAGUAAGGUUUAAUAUUAAUAAUGUUAUUGUUUGUUGCAUCUCUAUGGGUGGUACAAAGCCCAAAAAAAGUCAAUUUCAAAGCUUUUUAAAAGAUUGGAUCAUUGAGUUACAACAUCUAGAAUUAGGCUUCUAUAUAAGUCCUCCAAGUUUGAAUGGUAAUUACAUUAAAGUACAUGCCUAUUUGAUUGCUGCAGCUCUUGAUAAGCCGGCUCAAGCAUUGCUCAUGAAUUUGAAUGAUCCAACUGGUUAUUACAGCUGUGUUCGUUGUACUAUUAAAGGUAAAUUGUUAGAUUUUCAAUAUGUGAGAAAAAUGAAAAUGUUUUUCUUGUUCAAGCAUGAAUUUUAA